CUUUUAACCAAAUCCCAGCCCUUUUUUUCUUUUCUUGUUUACCAACAAAUAAAAAAAAAUAUAUAUAAGACCAUGGAUCCUCAUGGUAAAGCAUAUUCGGAUACGAUUGAAAUAGCAGACCUACAGCAAGAAGAGCCUUUAUUGAGAGGAGAGGAUAGCUUACCGACUGUAUACCAACCAUCUCGUUUUCAGCGUUUCGGUCAGCAUUUCACAAAACGUAAUGUCAAGAAACAGAUAUACGCUUGGCGUUGGCCAAUCUUGUUCAUUCUCGCUAGUUUCGUUAUGGGUUGUAUUAUGUGGACCUAUCGAAGACAAGUGUUCGAAGGGUUAGAAACACUUUCUGCGGGUUUAAAAGGCAUGGGAUUCAAAGGUUACGUUGUCAUGUCAGCCUUGAUUUUCUCUAGCGCUUUUCCACCAUUAAUUGGAUAUGGCACUUACCAGACUUUAUCCGGCUUCACAUUUGGGUUCCAAAAGGGCUUUCCCAUUUCUUACUUUAGUGCACUUACAGGUGCUAUUGUGUGCUUCUCUUUAUCAAGACGAUUUUUAAAGGCAAGCGUCACUCGUACGCUACACAAAUAUCCCAACUUGGAAGCCGUCGUCAAAGCCGUCGAAAAAAAGGGAUUUAAGUUAUUUAUCCUGAUUCGUCUUUCACCUUAUCCGUUCAACCUACUCAAUGUAUUAUUUGCAUCCACCAAUAUCUCGUUAUUUCACUUUGCAGCAGGUACAGCACUCACUCUAUUAAAAAUCGCUUUCCAUGUAUACAUUGGAGCCAACUUGACAUCGUUUGCCAAGCACAUCUUGGGCGAGGAUGAGGAUAUGACAGAAGGACAGAUCAGGGCUGAGAAAGUCCAAAACUUUGUUAUGGUGAUAGGUAGUAUCAUUACCUUUGUGGGUAUGGCUUACAUUUACCGUGUCGCCAAAGCCGCUGUGAAAGAGGCCAACACUCCAGAUCAUGAAGAAAUGGUUGGAUUUUUACAAGAAAUAGAGGAAGAAGAAGAAGAAGAAGAAGAAGAAGAAGAAGAAGAAGAGGAUCAUAGAGAAGAGCACGAAUUAGAACCUAGACAGAGUGUUUCUUUAGACGUAUGGGAUGCUUGGGGUGAUGAUGACGACGAUGAGGAAGAAAAUGAACCAACCUUUAAAAAGCAAGUGGUUGGAAAAAAUGACUAAAAAUAAAAUGUAAAUAUAAUAUUUAAUGAAAGAAUUUGUUGUGCAAUGCC